AUGCCGGAAAGUCCCGCCACAUUUGUGGUAUUCGAUGGAGAAGAGGGUAGUCAAUGGGGAAAUCCACAGGUUGACACCCAGGUCCGAUGGGACCAGGAACCUGAGCCGAUUCCGUCGCAUGUGUCCCACAAACUGGACAAAUUUCCGUUUCUUGAAAUCCCGACAGACCCAGAACAACUCAAAGCGCUUCCGAAGGGCUUCCACCAAACAUCACCUCGGGAACAACAAGAUGAGCUGUGGGUGGUGCAGGCAGAGGAGCACCUUGGGACUGACUGGGACUUGGAGAACCCUGGGAAGCAUCGCCCCUACUCACAUCCUUAUCCACCCUACUCCCCGUCUAAGGUGUUGGGGAUGCUGCACCGAUGGCAACGCGUGCCAUGGACUCCACAGCAAUGGCGACUUGCUCGAGCCAUUGCCGGCAACCGGACCUCCCGACUCCCCGUGUUGACUGCCCAGGCCUUCCUCCGACGGCAGGUCCUCCUAGCUCGACGGUCUGGUGGCACAAUGAAGAUGGAACGGUACCUAGGCAGCACAGAGGAGUGGAAGGCCCGACUGGCUAAAAUUGAGGAGCAGACAGGGACUACCGAAGCCGACAUCAAGCAGUGGCUCUGGAUCCUCUCCGCCCCCGGAGGGGAUGAGAAAAUCCGUAGAUUUCUCAGCAGCGAAUGCCGCAAGCCCCUGUUCCUACUUCAAGUGCUGCUCGCCAAAGACAAGACCAUCCGCGAGCCAGAGAGUUUCCUAGGGUUGCUGCACUUUGCAAGGGAGAAUUACGUUUUGGCGAAGCGGCCGCAGGACGAGCUGCAGCACCAGACCUUCCGAGACGCGGGCCGCUCCAUGACGUGGUGGCAUUACGUGAUGUUCCUUUACCGAUUUGUUCGCCAGUUCCAGUCAAGUUGGCCGGUGGCGAUGCCUUUAUUAGCGCGUCUUACGGCCGAUUACAUUAAUACCAUACCACUUAGCAACACAAGCCGGGUGUUUACCGGCUUCCAGGCGCGGUCCUUCAUCUUGAACAGGGCGCUUGUGUACUUCUCCUGGCCAGUCCGCACUCGGCCCAUCGACCAGAUGGAGCACAAUUGGGCCGCACAACGGCAUUUAUUGCGCCUUGCAGCGACGACGGAACCGCCCCUCGUGAUCACCCGGGAAGGGUAUCGUGCCGUCAGGACGGUACUGGUGACUCUGAGAAAGACAAGGGUUGAAGCUAAGAAUGUAAGCCGAGCGGCCGAAACCUGGCCGCCGUACCGGCGACCCUUGGAUGGGUUAGAUGAACGACGUGACCCCGAGGACGAUCUCACGAGGAGCGCCAGGGCGGGCAUCCUUGCUCGCGCAUCCGGGUACGGCGACGACAUGGUCGACCGCGCCUUGAGCAUUUUGGGUGGCUCCACUCUCGGCCACGCGCCCACGAUCCCAACACGCGCGCUGCUUCACCCAGCCUGGUCCGGUCGCCUGGCUAGUCGAACCGUAUACUCGGAGUGGGCCGUGCAGGUGACGGCGACGAGGAAUGCGAGAGAGGCGUGGAUCGUCUUUGAAAAUCCUCCGGCGCCGGGGCUCCGGCCCACUGCCGAGAUUUAUGGUCAAAUGUUCGAGAAGCUGUACGCCCGCCCUGCGUCGGAGUUGGAUCGGCCGGGGGACGUCAAGGAGGCCUUUCCCGUGCGCAACGGUAAUCUCAGCGAAUUCGAGAUCGCCAGGUUGACGCCACCAACACCCGAAGAUUUGUAUGACCGCAUGCUCUCGCAGGACAAUAUCAAACCCACGGGGUACUGCCUUACCGUUCUCAUACGCCACGCCUCGUCAAAGGAGGCCGCGCUACGAUACUUGGAUGAUAGCCCCUAUCAGCACCUCAUCGGGUCCCUCAAAGCUCCGGUAUCAACAGCUGACCCGGCAGGCCUUAAGGCACUAUCUGAGCUCCCGCUUAACAUUUUCCAUGCGUGGAUUUCCCUCCUCUGUCGUAUCCAUGACGAAGUGCCGGGGAAAAGCAUGGCCAUUCACAGGUCUGCGGUGGAAUCGCCGAAUGCAAACGACAACACCAGCGCGGACGGGAAACGGCGGGAAGGUCCAGGAAUCGCAUCACCACUGGGCCUGUCCUUCCUGGGGCCGCAUUCGGGAGAUAUUGGCGAAGCCAUCAUGCUAGCGAGCAAGUUUCAACAUCACAACCGCAAGGCGGCCCACCAUGAUUCAGUACCGUGGCGCACCAUCAUGCGGGCUCUCUGCGGCCGCAAGCUCCUGUUUAGCCGCACAGGGCCCGACUUCAAAAUACUCGAGACACUGAUGACGUUUCUGAAGAUCUUCGAACUCACAACCGCGUCUAAGGGCGUCGACCCGGUGAAUUUUGAGUUGCUGUGCAUCAUGAUCCGUAAGGUCCUCAAGAUGACGACGUUUGACAAGACACAGGACGGCAGCAUAGCAUUACGCGCGACUAUGCCUGUGGGCGCCGAAUUGAUUGAGAAGAUGGUUCUGCGGGGGCACGCGCAUGCGACCAGGACAUUUCAAACUCUGACGGUGCCCGUUCCCGCCCAGCUCCGGGACCGACCGCUUGGAAGGGGGGAUUACAGUGACGGGGACGAGAAGGAAAAGCGCACGGCUCACGAAAAGAUUGCCGCCGACAGUGGAGUCACCUCUGGGAUGCCCCGGUACAACGUCGUCGGCCGAACCCUCCAUCUCUACAUGAUGACCCUCGCCUGCUGCGGCGACGCCGCCGAAAUGGUGCGCUUGAUGGAUUGGCUUCUGGAUGGAUGGGGCCAGGAGUCCAUCCACGAGGGCGCCAAGUCGCCGCAUGGCAUCGAGUACCGCUACACAAUUCGCACGAUCGCCUACUUUGCGCAAGCUGGCCGCGAGUUAGUUGACCCGGCCGAGAUGACGCGGCUGCGGUGGCGGCUUGAUGACAUGCGCGCGAGCCAAGGAUGUACGUGGUUUUGGGUACAGGAGGAGGAGCAGGAACAGGAGCAGGGACAAGAUCUUGUGGAGGAGGCACGACACAGGGAUUCCGAUGACAUGGCCUCUAGCCUCUCGGUCGAGUUUGCAGUCCGGCCGAGCCAGAAUGUGGUUGUCGAUAUCCCCAUGUUCGCCCUGGUGCAUCCCAAAUCACAAUACCUAGGGUACACGCCACCGUUGCAACGGACUAAGGAACGCCAUGCCGUUGCUUCCUUGCUCGACGCUAUGACCAUUGGGGCACGAGAACAGGAGUAUGCAGAGUUUGAGCUCGACGAGUUCAGUUUUUAUAUCAACUCGGCGAAUUACCCAUGGGAGAUGCGACCGCUGCAGCACCUCACUACAAGAGCCGGCCACGACAAGCUUUUCUUUGAUGGUGUGCUCCGCGCGGGUGAAGCCAAGCACUACGUGCAGCAUGUGGAGGUUACGGCGCUGCCGAUUGGAAAUUACGGUAAGUCCCACGCUUCGACACGGGACCAGAUCUGGGUACGGUCGCGGUACAACUCCGGCAAGGAGAUCUACUACAGACUCAACAAGCCAAGCCCAGAGUACGCCCGGUUCUACACCCCGUUCCUGUGGGUCGCAGACCUGGGGAAACACGUGGUCGACUUCACGACCGCCAUGACGGAACAGGGACGAGGCGUCGAGAUCAGUUCGUUCCGAGGGACCUUCGUUCAAUGGCUAGUACAAAUGCAUGGCGCCUCUCCCGAGUUCCAGUCUUGGCGGGCGCAGCACCCUAGCGACGACUACCGCACGUCGAGCGAAGCUUGCUUUCUUCCUCUCGCGACAAUCGACAGAAUUAAGGUGGGCGACACCAUCUCGACCCCGCGUGACGGAGAGACGACGGGGACCAAGUGGCGCAGCAUGGUUUCCAAAGGAGCGGCCGACCACGGUCUGUGGUUCGGGCUCGUCCAGCAAGUCCACGCGGACCCUCGUACUGGGUCGCGCAGCUUCAAUGUGAUCUGGUUAUACCGCCCAGCCGAGACGCCGUGCGGGAUGAUGCGGUACCUGUGGCCCAACGAGCUGUUUCUCUCGGAUCAUUGUAACUGUGAGGGCGGGCGGGUCGCGCGGGUUCAAGAGCACGAUAUUCUCGGGACACACGAAAUCGAUUGGCGCUCUGAGGCGGCCCAACACGCCGGGCCGGGGGGACGUGGCGGACAACGGCUGUUUGUCCGCCAGACCUACAUGACCGAAACGCGGCGGUGGGUAACGUUGCGGGAUUCGCACAUGACAUGUGCUCACACGCGACCAGCAAAGGAGAACCCUGGAUUCCGGGCCGGUGAUACCGUGUUGGCUACGCUGUCCGUUCCGUCGUCAUCGUCAUCAUCAUCAUCAUCGUCAUCAUCACCAUCAUUUUCUUCUGUCACUUCUUCAGCGUCGUUGUUUCAAGCCCACACGGAACCGUACGAGGUAGUUAAAAUCUUUAAGCAGGGUAAUAACAUGUUCGUGCGGCUGCGGAGGCUAUUACGGAGAGCGCAGGUGGAUAGCAGUCGAUCUGGGACGACACCGCCGAAUGAGUUGGUGUAUACCGAUCAGCUGGUUGUAGCCAAGGCGAACAAGGUGGUGGACAAGUGUGUGGUCCGGUUCUUCCGGGCGGGCGAAAUGAUCCCGACGCCGUAUGAUCGGGGGGGCACGGGCAACUUAUUCUACAUUACACACCGACUAGAGACUACGGUAACAACGACAACAGCGACGACAACUGGAACAAGCAGGUGCGUGCCGUUCGAGGGGGACUUUCCAUCUUCCCUACGCCAAGGGUUCGAUCCUCAAGCGCCCCCCACGUUUCGUAAGCUCCGGGGCAUGGAUCUAUUUUGCGGGAGCGGCAACUUUGGCCGCGGGCUCGAAGAAGGCGGGGCGAUUGAGAUGCACUGGGCCAACGACAUCUGGAACCGGGCGAUCCAUACAUACAUGGCGAAUAGCCCGGGGUCAUCUACCCAGCCGUUCCUGGGCUCGGCCGAUGACCUGCUGUGGCUCGCGCUCGAGGGCCAGUACGCCGGCAACGUGCCGCGGCCGGGCGAAGUCGACUUCAUCUCCGCGGGCAGCCCAUGCCCGGGGUUCUCACUUCUGACGCAGGACAAGACGACGCUGGCCCAGGUGAAGAAUCAGUCUCUUGUGGCAUCCUUCGCGUCCUUUGUCGACCUGUACCGACCGCUAUACGGCAUCCUGGAGAAUGUGGCGACCAUCGUGCAGACACGCGAGAACCGGGCCGAGGACGUGCUCUCGCAGCUGUUCUGCGCCAUCGUCGGCCUAGGCUACCAGGCCCAGCUCGUGUUGGGCGAUGCCUGGUCGCACGGCGCGCCGCAGAGCCGAACGCGCGUUUUCCUGUACUUUGCUGCGCCCGGCCUACGGCUGCCCGACGCGCCACCGCUGUCGCACAGCCACUACGCGGAUGUCAAGGGGCGUGGUUUAGGAGAGAUAUCCAAUGGCGAGCCGUUUGUGCGCCGCUCCUUCGCCCCGACACCGUUCUCCUAUGUCAGUGCGGCCACGGCGACGGCGGACCUCCCAGCUGUCGGUGACGGUAAGCCCGACUCUGUGCCAGCGUUUCCGGACCACCGCGUUGGUGCCGGCGUCACUAGCCGGUUGCGUUACCAGAUCGCGAGCAUCCCCACGCACCCGCACGGCAUGUCGUUUGCCAAGGCAUGGUACGGCCACAGCAGGAAUGGCAUAGGCACAGGCGCAGGCACAACGGCAGGCAAAGGCGUCAUGACCACGGCCGAACGCGCAAUGUUUCCCGACACCGGCCCCCGCGUCGCGCCCAUAUCCAAAGCCUGGCGCCAUGCGCGGCCGACGGACGUGUUCCAAACGAUAACCACGCGCAACCAGCCCACCGACGCCCGUGCGGGGUCUGCCCUGCAUUGGUCCGAUGACCGGCCGCUGACGGUGUUGGAGAGCCGCCGGGCACAGGGGUUCCCAGACGAGGAGGUGCUGCUAGGGUCGUUGGCGGACCAGUGGAAACUGGUGGGCAACAGCGUCGCGAGACAGAUGGCCUUAGCGCUGGGACUCAAGUUCCGCGAGGCAUGGGCU